AUGGUGAUCGCCCCCGGCCCGCCCGCGGCCGAUUUCGCCGCGCCGGAGGGGUCGGGCGCGCCCCCCGACAGUGCGGCCGAGGACAUGAUGGCGCGCUUCCAGGCCUUCCGAAUGCACGGCGGCAGGACCGUCACCGCCCGGAGGGACCGGGACCCCAUCUACGCCGUUCUCAAAGAACACGCGCAGGUCGCCGAUUUCAAACGGAAGAGCAAGCUGCUGAGGAUGCUGCCCACUUCGUCCGAACAGUACAGACACAUGUUGCCUAUUAUAGGCGGCGAGCAGGACCAAGAAAUCCCUUUUAGUCAAGUGCGUGUGCGCGGGAUUGAUUGA